AUGGCAAACAUCACCAAGCUUGAGUUCGCUGCUCUAGAUAUUUCCAGAAGAAAUUAUCUAACUUGGAUCCUUGAUGCUGAGAUCCAUUUGAAUGCGGAAACCAUUAAGGAUGGUAAUGAGGAAAGUGAACAAGAUAAGGCGAAAUCAAUGAUUUUUAUUCGCCAUCGUCUCCACGAGGGCUUAAAAUCCGAGUAUCUUGGGGUAAAGGACCCUGCUACUCUAUGGAAUAAUUUAAAGGAAAGAUAUGAUCACCAGAAGAGUGUGAUACUUCCCAAAGCUCGAUAUGAAUGGAUGCACUUGCGUUUGCAAGAUUUUAAAUCGGUAAAUGAGUAUAAUUCCGCCAUGUUUAAAAUUGUUUCUCGAUUCAGAUUAUGCGGAGACGAUGUCACAGAACAGGACAUGUUAGAAAAGACAUUUACCACAUUUCAUGCCUCUAAUAUGCUCCUGCAGCAGCAAUAUCGUGAAAGAGGUUUUACCAAACACUCUCAAUUGAUUUCUUGCCUCCUCGUUGCUGAACAGAACAACGAGCUCUUGAUGAAAAAUCAUAACUCCCACCCAACAGGAUCACAAGCAUUUCCAGAAGUAAAUGCAAAUGUUUCAUUCCCUGAAGUGAAUGCAAACAACUAUAAUCGUAGGCGGGGUCGUGGCCAUGGGCCUGGGUAUCGCCGUGGUCAUGGUCGACAUCAAGAUGGUCCAAGAGUUGCACCAUACCACCCGAAGUGGAAUAAAAAUGGUGAAAAACGUGACAAGGGCAAGGCUGUAAAUUUGGCCCUCCUAAUAAUCAAAAUGAGAGUUGCCACAGGUGUGGAGUGA